CGAAUUUUGACAGCAAAGAACGACGGAGACCAAAGUAAAUGGGAAGCAACGACGACGACUGACUCAUCUCUCCUCCUGUUUCUUGGUUCUUUAGCUCUGAAUUUGGUCGGAACUAAGCUCCUACACAAACUCGCUCUUAGAGUUUUGAAGCUCUAGGUGUAUGUUGGAGUGAUUGAAAGACAAAACACGUGACCUUAGAUUGGAAACGAUGCUUGAGGGACCAAGGUUCGAUGUGCUAGCUGCUGGCAAUCACAACAACGACCACAAUUACUAUCCUUUCACCCAAGACUUUUAUCAAAAGCUCGGUGAAGAAGGUACAAACAUGUCCACAGACAGUAUGCAGACUAGUAACGCAGGAGGGUCUGUGUCCAUGUCUGUUGAUAACAGUAGCGUUGGUUCUAGUGAUGCUCUCAUUGGCCAUCCUGGUUUAAAGCCUAUGCGCCAUCCCUACUCUCUCUCCGUUGGACAAAGCGUGUUCCGCCCAGGAAGAGUUACACAUGCGCUUAACGAUGAUGCCUUAGCACAAGCGUUGAUGGAUAGUAGCUAUCCAACACAGGGACUCGCAAACUAUGAAGAGUGGACUAUAGAUCUAAGGAAGCUUCACAUGGGUCCCGCUUUUGCUCAAGGAGCAUUUGGUAAGUUAUAUAGAGGGACUUACAAUGGAGAGGAUGUAGCUAUCAAGCUACUCGAGAGGCCAGAGAAUAGUCCAGAAAAGGCACAAGCCAUGGAACAGCAGUUUCAGCAGGAGGUUUCUAUGCUCUCGUAUUUGAAACACCCCAACAUCGUUAGGUUUAUCGGCGCGUGCAUUAAACCGAUGGUGUGGUGCAUCGUGACUGAAUAUGCAAAAGGAGGUUCUGUCAGACAGUUUUUGACUAAGAGACAGAACCGAGCUGUGCCGUUGAAGUUGGCUGUUAAGCAAGCGUUGGAUGUUGCUAGAGGGAUGGCUUAUGUCCAUGAGCGCAACUUUAUACACAGGGAUCUGAAGUCAGAUAACCUCCUCAUAUCAGCUGAUCGCUCCAUCAAGAUUGCUGAUUUUGGCGUUGCAAGAAUUGAAGUUCAAACCGAAGGGAUGACGCCAGAGACAGGAACUUACAGAUGGAUGGCUCCAGAGAUGAUCCAGCAUAGACCCUACACUCAAAAAGUGGACGUCUAUAGUUUUGGAAUCGUGCUGUGGGAGUUGAUAACGGGCCAGUUACCGUUCCAGAACAUGACUGCGGUUCAAGCUGCAUUUGCGGUGGUGAACAGAGGAGUGCGUCCAACUGUCCCAGCUGAUUGUCUCCCUGUGCUUGGCGAGAUCAUGACACGUUGCUGGGAUGCUGACCCUGAAGUCCGUCCUUGUUUCGCAGAGGUUGUCAAUCUUCUUGAGGGGGCUGAAACCGAGGCGUUUUGGCCAACUCUGAGUUCUCUUAAGCCAAUAUACGUUUCAGUUGGCCAUCGCAUAUCACUUGACUCAGCCCUUGAAGUUGUCAAGAUGACCUGCAAAUACCGUGUUCCGGAACCUAUAAGACAGGCAGAUAUAAGAUCAAGAGCAUAUCUCCAAAAGCAUCAACUCCGUCUUUUAGAAGAUUCGGGACCACUCGGAAUGGGUAACUUUUGA